ACAAACUCGACAAACCGCCAUCUUUCUUUAUAGCGAGUUAGUAGGGGCAACAUAACAACCAGUUUUUUUGAAUGGUUAUUCCUGCAAAAUAGAACCGCUGAAGCGAGUCCACUUGGUCAGUUAUUGUAAAUAACAAGUCUAAAAGAGGAGCGAGUGGGUCGGAGUUGCAGAUACUGUACAAAUAUCAGCCAUAAAGACACAGUAGUUUGGUGUAAGCGCUCGACUUGGUGGAGGUGGUCAACAUGGGCCGCUCUCGAAGCCGCAGCUCGUCCCGGUCCAAACACUCUAAAAGCAGCAAGCACAGCAAGAAACGGAGCCGGUCUCGGUCGCGGUCCAGAGACCGGGAGAGGUCCAAGAAGCGGUCCAAGUCCCGGGAGUCGAAGAGGAACCGCCGCCGAGAAUCUCGCUCUCGUUCCCGGUCUACAACAGCCUCGUCCCGCAGAGAAAGAGCAGCCUCGCCGCCGGAGCGCAUCGACAUCUUCGGCCGGACGCUGAGCAAGAGGAACGCUCUGGACGAGAAGCAGAGGAAGGAGGAAGAGGAGAGGAGGAUAGAAAUGGAAAGACAGAGGAAGAUCCGGCAGCAGGAGAUCGAGGAGAAGCUGAUAGAGGAGGAGACGGCGCGGCGAGUGGAGGAACUCGUGGCCAAGCGGGUGGAGGAGGAGCUGGAGAAGCGGAAGGACGAGAUUGAGCGGGAGGUGCUGCGGCGUGUCGAGGAAGCGAAGCGCAUCAUGGAGCGGCAGCUGCUGGAGGAGCUGGAGAGGCAGCGGCAGGCCGAGUUGGCGGCGCAGAAGGCCAGAGAGGAAGAAGAAAAAUCUAAGCGGGAGGAGCUGGAAAAAAUCCUGGAGGAGAAUAACCGCAAGAUCGCCGAGGCUCAGGCCAAGCUGGCUGAGGAACAGUUGCGUAUUGUGGAGGAGCAGAGAAAGAUUCACGAGGAGCGCAUGAAGCUGGAGCAGGACCGUCAGAAACAGCAGAAGGAGGAGCAGAAAAUCAUCCUCGGCAAGGGCAAGUCCAGGCCCAAGCUCUCCUUCUCCCUCAAGGCCACCGAAUGAGACUGCUCCCCCCUUCGUUCCACAUGUCACGCCCUGCCUUCAUCCCCAUCCAGCGCUCCCUCCUCAUCGUCCGACCCCCGCUCCUUCUCCUCCUCCUACUCCUCCUCCUCUGUGGAACGCUCGCUUCGUUUUGGAAGUGCAGAAGGAAGGCCGAGGAAAGGGGUGCAACAACCCGGCGUGUUAACUGGCUCGUCCCUGCGAAGGCCCGCGUUGUUCCUCCCGGCCUUGAAGAGGAGGCAGCUCUUCGCCCUCGAAGGACCUGACUGCUCCCUCCAUCCUUCCUCAUCCCCGCCUGCACAGAUGACUCUUGUUUGUGCUUUUCUUUUCUCCUCGGUUUUAUUUACAUUUUUAGGGAACUUGGAACUUUUGAUGUAGAAUGCUAUAACAUGUCCCUCGCCCCGCAAGUCUUAACUCUGGUGUAACAGCGAGCAACUGUGCGCCCGUGCUCUUCUUACAUGUCUUCACAGCCAGCAAACUACAACAGAACGCCAGUCCCUGAUAUAGAGGAGUAUGUGUGACUUUGUCUAGUUCAGUGUACUGUAAAAGCUCAUGCGCAGCUUGGGAGUUGGCCUGUGGUUUUCCCCCCGUUUUUCAUUUAAAAAAUAAAUAAAUAAGGUUCCUAAAAUGGCUGACGCAGUAAAAUCACAGCGCAGCCUUUUAAAAGCACAGUUAACUUCCCGUCCAGCUGACAGGUUUGUGUCUUCCACCUCCCUUACUUCCUUUGCCCAUAAGCUCCGUUCACCACAUAAAUCCACAGCUUCUUUUCUUUCUGCUUCAGCUGUCUGCCAUGUAUAUAAUUUUUUUUCUAAAGGACACAGCAGAGCAUGUUGAGAGGAAAUGUAAAGCUUGUGUUCGAUUUGAAGUCGCUGCAGUGCAGGUGAACUCAGCCUCCACUCCCAAGCUACCCAUGACUGAACCACAAACCUACAACAGGAUAUUUGUCUCGUCCAUGAUAAGGGGGCCCUGUGGGUUAAUGGAGGGGGGAGAGAGAGAGAGAGAGACGGGGGACGUUUCCUGUGUGAUGUAAUGUUAAUAGCCUUGCUGUGAUGUCCUGACUCCCACUCCACCUCCUCCUCCAAGUUACAAUUGUGUUAUAAAAUUGAUCCACAUGAUUAGAAAACAAAAGUCACGGUAAUGGUUAAUACUCGGUUUGUUUUUAUCAGACUCUUCGGGGGGGGGGUAACUGUGAAUUGUACGAGAACACCCGACCAACACAGUCCAUGUUCUGUCCCUGAAUUUUGUUUGUAGUAAAUUAACUUGGCAAGGCGCCUCACUUGGUAAGUCUUGAUUCGUAGAGGAUGGACAAGUUCAGGUAAGAUAAGGUUUGAGGUCAGCAGCAGUGCGAGUGUGUGAGAGUGAAUGAGAGAGAGAGGGAGAGAGAGAGAGAGAGUGUGUGUGUUUGUGUGUGUGUGUGUGUUUUUGACUGACAGGCUGAUCUCAGGUGGGUAUAAUGACUUUUUGUUAUGUUGUGGGAUUUUUUUGAAUUUGUCAUGUAAUUUCCCCCGAUUGUCAAGGGACUGAACAGUUCAAUAAAUCCAUUGAAUGCC